AUGGCGGAUGUAAAAAAUUUUAUCUGUUUGUGCCCGUUUCGUAAUCAAAUCAGUGUUAAAGGUUUAGAAAACCUAAAAUGCUGUCAUGCUGAUAAACCGGUGAAAUUAUACUGGCAUCUCUAUGAUACUAAAGUUCAUGGUCAACAACUGUCAUCGAAAGCAGCCACUAUAAUUAUUGAGAAAAUGAUGAAAAAUGAAUAUGAUGAACUUGAAAAUUCGUGUUUAUCGAUUGAUCAGCUAUUUCGUACAUUCAAAAAUAGAAAUGUUGACAGUGGUCCUGCUGUAAAAAGUGAACCACAAAUGAUUAUCGUCGAAGAUACACGUUCAAAAGAAAAUUUUGUUAACACGAUAACAACCUCAUCGAACCUAAAACGUUCACUAAGCACCUCGACGUUGAAUGAAAAUGAAAAUGGUCAAAAUAAUAAAUUGUUGAAGACGAUGAUCGAAGCAACUGUUCAAGAGCAGCUCAAAAAAUUGUUUGCAAGUGUCGUUGGCGUUCAAGGUACAACAGCUAGUAAUAUUGCUGUAGAACUACAGGAAUCGUCGGCGGAUAUUUUGACCGGCUUAAAUAAUUCUAUUUUACCUACUCUUCCAACGAUGCCAGUGCUACAAAUCCCAUUGACACCGGUACUACAAACUCCAUUGAUGCCGAUAAAUAAUAAUAAUAAUAAAGUUAAAUUUGAUGUGAAUUUGGAUGAUUUAUGGGUAGAUGAAGAAUUGGAUGACGCGAAGGAAGAUAAUGAUUAUGAUAUACCAGCAAGAUAUCAAAAGAAAACUCGUCGAACUGUAAGCAGUUAG